GCGUCAGGGCCAUGAGCUGGUUCCAAGAUGCUGCUGCUGCUGCUGCUGCCGCCCAUGCUGCUGGGGGGGUCCCUGGCCCAGGAUUGGAGAUACACAUACACGCUGCAGGUACAGCGUUCGGCCACGGUGCAGGAGGGCCUGUGCCUCUCCAUCCCCUGCACCUUUAACUACCCCCGGGAAGGCUGGAUGCACUCUGGCCCAGCUUAUGGCUACUGGCUCCGGGAAGGGACCGACAGGACCCACGGGUCUCCAGUGGCCACGAACCACCCAGUUCGAGAGGUCUCCAGGGAGGCCCGUGACCGAUUCCAGCUCCUCGGGGACCCCCAGACCCUGAACUGCUCGCUGAUGAUCAGAGACGCGCGGAGGGAGGACACAGCCAAAUACUUCUUUCGAGUGGAGAGAGGCACUCUGAAAUAUAGUUAUGUGUACUACCCAGUGUCUCUGAAAGUGACAGGCCUGACCCAGAAGCCCGAUGUCUAUGUCCCUGAGACCCUGGAGCCUGGACGCCCGGCAAAGCUACUCUGUCUGUUUCCUGGGGACUUUGCAGGCUGUCCGACCCCCAUGUUCUCCUGGACAGGGUCAGCCCUCUCCUCUCAAGGACCCAGACCACAAACCUCUCUCUUCUUCUCUGAGCUCACCCUGACCCCGAGACCCCAGGACCACAACACUGAGCUCACCUGUCGAGUGGGAUUCUCCAACAAGGGAGUGAGCGCAGAAAGGACCAUCCAGCUGAGGGUGGACCAUGCCCCCAAGGAGCCUGUCAUCAGCGUUUCCCAGACCACUGCAUCAGUCCCCUCGCCCCAAGGAAACUUCCUGGAAGUCCAGAAAGGCCAGUACCUGCGCCUGCGCUGUGAGGCGGACGGCCAGCCCCCCGCCAAGCUGAGCUGGGUCCUGGACAACAGGGUGCUCUCCAUGUCCUCUCCCAACCAGUCCAGCCCUCUGGAGCUGGAGCUGCCUCAGGUGGGACCCAGAGAUGCGGGGCGCUACACCUGCCAAGCGGAGAACACGCUGGGCUCACAUCAGAGCUGGCUGAACCUCUCUGUGCAAUGGCAUCUGAAAGUCAAGGUUUCCUGACCAAACAGGCCGGUCCUGGAACACUUUGGGAAUGGCACGUCUUUCCCAGUCCUGGAGGACCAGUCCCUGAGCCUGGUCUCUGUGGCCCACAGCAGACCCCCUGCCAAGCCGAACUGGGUCUUAGACAACAGG